AUUGAAGGAGGGGGGUUCAUGUUUUCGCAGGCGGAGCUCCGUCCUCGCGCACCAUUGGAAUUCACUGUCUGUUUUCUUCAAAUUGCUCCAGAUUGCAGCGAAGAGAAGGCUAGUGUUGUGAGCAAGCAGAUGUGAGCUGGACUACACAUCAGCGAAGAUCCAGCUGUAAAAUAGCCAGAAACAAGCGAUUGUAGUAAUAUGUGGCAGCCUGCGACAGAGCGUUUGCAGACCACAUUCUUCUUUCCCCUAUAGACCAGAAUCCAUUGCUGUUCUGUGAAUUUCUGCACUUCCAAACGAUGCUGAAGACCAAACUCACCGUUCUGACCUUGAAGAAGGAGCCCCUGCCGACGGUGAUAUUCCAUGAGCCGGAGGCCAUCGAGCUCUGCUCCACCACGCCGCUGGUGAAGAACAAGGCCCACACGGGCUACAAGGUGACGUACCUGGGCAAGGUGACGAUCUCGGGGUCGCAGUUCCUGUCGGGGUGCACCGAAUCGGCAGUGACUGGGCUGUGCCAGCGCCAGCCGCCCAGCCAGGAGGACGGCGUCUCCUCCAACGCCAUCCUGGAGAUCCGCCCCUUUCAGGUGAGGCUGCACCACCUGGACGGGCGCGGGGAGGCCACCGUCGCCAUGGACACCUACCAGGUGGCGCGCAUCGCCUACUGCACGGCCGACCACCACGUCAGCCCCAACGUCUUCGCCUGGAUCUACCGCGAGAUCAACGACGACCUGACAUUCCAGAUGGACUGCCACGCGGUGCAGUGCGAGAGCAAGCUGGAGGCCAAGAGGCUGGCCCACUCCAUGAUGGAGGCCUUCCGCAAGACCUUCCACAGCAUGCGCAGCGACGGCCGCAUCCACAAGAGCUGCUCCUCCGACGAGUUCCCCGAAGACUCCACCCCCGACGACGGCUGAGCGCCGGCCCCGCCCAAGUCCUCAUGGGGACCCCCGGAAACAACUCUCUGGACCGACCCGGAAAAAUAAUCCCGACUGACCAACACAGGAAAAAACAAUGACUGACCAACACAGAAGUGAUAACAGGUGAUGGAAGGAUAUGGGGGGUGGUUGUGGGGAAAAGUAGAAAUCGUCAAAAGAAACGGAAAAAAAACACCUUGUAUAAACAGAACAGACGGAAGGAAAUCAUUCUCUCGGCCUCUAUGGUAACUAGCCGCCCCACAUCCUCAUGGCCAGUCGAGUGCUUGUAGAUACGUCUCAUUAAGACAUCUGUUUAAGACAAUUUACGUUCCUGCUCAAUUCUGCCAGCCCCCUGGCACUAUGGGAAAAGGCUUUUUUAAAUAACAACCCUCCUCUGAGCCCCCUCUCGCUCCUCUUAGCCCAGUCAACCAUGGACCCUGUCCUCCUCCCCUUACUGAUAAUUGAAGACAUUUGGCUGACAGGAAGCUCUGGAGACACUGCUGUACGUGUGGGUCACACAGUUCUCUCCUACCUUGCAUCACUUCCUGGUUUCUUCUCUCAAAACAUGUGACUCACUGCCUGCUGUCAGUGUGGUAUAAGGUUUUACAGACUGUUGGGUGUUCCAAGUAUCAGUCUGGAUGGAUUUUAUCACUUUAGUCUCAUAUUGUUCCCAGCCAGGCUGAUAUAUCGUGCCAUAUCUGACCCUGUAUUUCAUGAUGUUUUUGAUUGACCAAAUGUAAACGAGACCUUGGCUGGACUCCUCCCACACACCUGGCCCCUCCCUCCUCUCUGAGCUGGUCUCCUCAUUCCGGACUGAAGUCCUCAAUAUCACGCCUCCUCCCUGCACUUGGCUGACAUGUAACAGUCUUACAGCGUUGCAGGAAUGUUGUGAGAAUGUUACACAUAUCUUCACAGGGACUGGGCCCAAAGGGAAAGUUUAGAUGUUAGGGGAGAGCGCAGACACACGGUGGGGCACUGUUACUGGAGUCUGACGGUGAGGGGGACCAACAUUCCUCUUAUGCUGCUUUCUUUUUUAAAUCAAGCUGUGGCAAUCGGGGUGGGAGGGGGGCAUUAAGAGCUCGUUUCUGUGGCCAAUAGCUGAAGGAUUAAAGGAGUGAGAGUGGGGGAGUCGGAAGAGACGGAAGCCCCAUGGCUGCCUUGUCCUCUGUAUGCUGUAUGAUUGUGUCUUGUGCUCUCUUCAAUUUUUUGGUACCUGUCUCUUCUGUUGAUUUAUGUUUUUGUACAUUUCAGCAGCAGGAAUCUUAUGGAAUCUGUCAAAGAAGGGUGACUCUGGGCAGAGAUAUAAAAGGGACCGUUUGUCUUGUUAAUUUGCUAUCAAGUUUACGAGUUGUGUCUUUGAUACUCAGUUUGUCUGUGCAGCCUCUGAACAGAAAGGCUGACAGGAAUGAGUCGGUUUGUCCAAGAGCAAGAAUUUAUCACCAUUUCCGGUGACCGUCACGAAUAGGCGAUAGGUCAACGGAACAAUCUGAUACGUUUCCUGUGAUCAAAGCUGAAUAUAGAGGGCACAGGUCAGUAUAUAUUUCUAAGUCAUUCGAUAAGCUUGUGUAAAUACAAAUGUAUCUGUUUCCAAAUAUUACAAUAUAAAUGUUUAUAGCUAUUUUGAAUAAACAACAAGCAACCAACCAGUGUUUAAGCGCCAGCUGUGAAUAUGUAGAAAGAUCCUGUAGUGCUGGAAAUUCAAAUUGAAGCCUUAGCUGUAUGUGGGAGUAAAAGCUUAAAGAAGGAAUGUUUAUGAAAUGGUAGAUUACUGUGUUACGUCUGUAUCCAAAAGUCUGGGAUUUGCUUUAAGUGUUUCAUAAUGUUACGGUAUGUGUUUUCUAUACAGUAUUUGCAAAGAUUAAAAAAACAUAUAAACUAUUUACCAUGA